UAUCGCCUAUAAAUUGGCGACGAAUUACGCAAGAGUGAUGCGAAACAGCAUAUGUGCUAUGGGCAGUGCAGAGAAUACAGAUCUCACUGCUCCCUUUAUGGGUGGAGUAAGAAAAAGGUCGGCAAGAGACGCGUUCGGUACCGACCCAAGAUGGGAUGAUCCCCGUGGAGGGGACAAUUUUCGCUCUUACAAUCCUUCAGCCCAAGCUUCAGCGGUUCAACCAUCGCCAUUCGUUCUCGCCCAUGGUGGCGUUCCAUUCUCUACUCAACGUCUCGCCCAUCGAUCCCUUCCCCAGAUAUCCUAUCAGCAACGCCCGGAUCACUUUGUUUUUUCAUCAUACCCAGCACAUCAAUCCCAUGUCUAUGUCCCGCAGUAUCCGUCUCAUGCUCCGUAUUCUUCUUUUCGGGCUGCGUCGGUCCCCGGGGAAGGAGGUGUCGCUGCUGCUGCCGAGGGCGAAGCGGCACCCAAUGCAACGUCAAAAGUUAUACCCGAAGUAGGCGAGGUUGAAGUCAAUAGGAGUGUUAAAGGAUUGAGACAUUUUAGUCGGUGCGUGGCAGAUAAAGUUCAAUUGAAAGGAACGACAACCUACAAUGAGGUAGCGGAUGAGCUUGUUGAAGAAUUUACGGUACAGGCUCGAGAUACGAAUACCAAAUUCGACCAUAAGAAUAUUCGGCGUCGAGUAUACGAUGCCUUAAACGUUCUUAUGGCCAUGGACAUUAUUGAAAAAGACCGUAAAGAAAUUCGCUGGACAGGCUUGCCCGCGGAAGGGUCCUUUCGAAGGGAGCUGGAUGUCCUAGAGCGACGCAACGCAGAGCUGCGUGCACUAAACGAAGCGGAAACCCGCAGCGUUAAUGAACGUAUACGAAAGCAACGUCUCUUAAAAGGACUUAUCCAUCGAAACCUUCAAAGAAAGGAUGCGGAAGUGACCUCAUCAUCUAUCGGCUUGACAGGGGCUUCAUUCACCACGAUACCUCUCCCUGAGCAUUGUCUACCAUUACCAUUCCUCAUAUUAAGUUCCUGCCGAGAUGCCGAAGUUAAAGUAGAAUCGAAUGGAGAUAAAUCGCAGUGCUGCAUAAGUUUCUCCAAUCCCUUUGACAUGUUGGAAGACAUGGAAGUUAUAGCCAUGGUGGUCGGGCAACAGCAAACGGCAGAAGGGAACGAGGCUAUUUUGGACUCUGCAUUCACAACCUUCAAAGAGCAACCUGCAUUGACGGAGCAUCCCGCCCUUGAUAAUGGUCUUAUGGGCAUAGGUCAGCACUCCCAACAGCCUAUACAUCAAGGGAGAUCCUUUGGAGAGCCUCAUCGAACUUUGCUUUCAGCAAAUGCUGCAGCAUCGGUAGGCGCCGGUGGCAUGGGCCGCGGUGCGUCGCCUUUGACGCUCCCCCUGCCGACCCCAUCAUCGGCAUACGGUACCCCGGUCGGAUCUCGACCGGGAUCUCCGAGUUGCUUCCAAUACCCAGCUCCCGAAGAGUUGUUGGGAAUGGUUGGUUUGACAAAGUCUCGAAAAGUUGGCGAGUGACAACACAGCAAUUUGACAGUGGGAUGGGUGGGUUAUUUGACAGAUCAUGUGUUUAUUCCUGUCAGACCGGGAACGUCAUAGGUAUCUUAUCUUCAUUUUUGACAUUCGCGUGCAUACGCGGGGAGGUUAGAACGAUGGGGGAGGGAGGGUUUGACAUGGACGAACUUUUCGCGGAAUUCCUUGUGUGUUUUUUAUGUAUUUUUCCUUUCUGAUAUCCACCGACUGUUGAGUCGCGUAUAUACCCUACUCGGAAGAAAAAAUGCAAAUAUACCCUUAACUUUGCCC